UGUUUUUGACGUUUCUGCCCCAUUCGUAAACAACAGUGAGCAAUCAAUUUUGAAACACCGGCACAUCGGGCAGUGCGAAAUGUCUCUCGUCGAAGCGGUGCAGGAAAAGCUGCAGGCCGCCCGGUUCAAGGACGUGACCAAGUUGCUCCGGGAUGAAACAAACCGGGCCCAGCUGCAGGACGAAUGCAUGGACGUGGUGUCCGUGCUGGCCGAUGGGUUGGUAGAAGGCAACGAGGGUGAGCACUUUGACCGGUUCACCUGCUGCGAAGAUUUGCUGAAGCUGGUGGCCGGCGUUUGCUCGCCGCAGGAGAUUCUUCUCGAAGUUUUGGACCGGAUUGAAUCGACCAAAAACGACGAAGUGUUUACGAGUUUGCUGAAGGUGUUGCAGGUUGUACUGCUCCGGCUGGGAGAGCAAAAAGCCCGUUCCCUGGAGUGUGGCUUCAACACAAUUUUGAGCUACAUUAAUGGAAUCAAACUGCCGGACUAUGUGGCCUCGGCGGAAGCCAAGGAAGAGAGACUCAUUGAAUGUGAUGAAGUGGUGAGGCGCAUUCUGCAGCUGUACAUGACGGUGCUGCUGUUUCUGGACCCGAUAGUGAAGGAUAGCUGUGCUGUUCCGGCGGACACGUUCAAGAAUGUGGGAGUCACCCGUAAGAAUGUGAUAAUAUGCUUUAUGCUGCGACUGUUGGACGGUCACCUGCUGUACUUGAAUGCACGCCAAUCGAAGGGGGAAGCCAAAGCCUCCAAAACCUACAUUCGCCAAACGGCCGAGGACAUCGUGCUGGCCCUGGCAAAACUGCUAGGCGAUCCACUACGGUUGCUUCAGUACACCGAGGAACGAAUCCGCACGCCCCGGAAGGAACGCCAGGCAAAGGAUUCGUCCCACAAUAAUGUUUUCGCGAGCGAGGCCAAAUGUCCACUGCUCGCGCUGGCAAUGUACCACUACCUGCUGGUUGGCGAAGACUUGCUCCCAUCUACCAGCUGUCCGAAAGUUUACUCAAACAAGUACAUUUACGAAAUGUGCUUGCAUUAUUGUACUCAACUGAUUAAGCACGAGAAAACUGCGGUUCAGUACAAAGCAAUUCUUUUCGCUGGACAAUUGCAAAAUCGCUUGCAGAAGGAGCCUUUCCAAGCGAUCGAUCUGGAACGGCCAGUGCACAAAACCUUCCUGGAAAGCCUGUCCAAUGUGAUUGUGUACUCCGGCAGUGAACGAAACCGCAAGCAGAGUUCCGUCCUCAUUCGGCAGUACAUCAUGCAGUUUGAUCAGGAAGGAAGGUACAUGGUCAUUACGAACCUGUUCAAGGUGGUUUCCCACAACGGACUUCAAUCGUACAUCGCAACCAUCUACAAAGAUCUGGUGAACGCCGAGCUGGCAUCCGACGGAGAACCGUCCCCGUGGUACUCGGGCAAGCGCCUCAAGGAAUUUCUGCUGAAGCAAGUGUGCGUCCUGAAGAAGGGCGUCGAAACCGACCUGACCGAAAGUGCCGACAUGAUCAUCUCCGCGCUAAACAUCGUGCGCUUCCUGCUCCUUCGUGACAAGUCCAACCGAACGUCGAUCUGGAACUACGUCGGCGAGCUGAACAAACAGUUCCUACACCCGCUGAGAAAGUCAAUCGACCUGUCCAGGGCACACUUUGAGGAGGAAAAGAAGUCCGUCGAGGAGGGCAGAGAGGACGCCAAACCCGGGUUCGAAGUGAGCGUGGACGUACUGAACGGAGGCGAUCAGCUGGCAAUGCCGAACCGCGACCGGAAGCUGCAAAUGUUGGCCGCCGCCAUGAACAGCUUCGAUCUGAUGGACUGUCUGCUGGCUCGGGUUACCGAGUGCGUUGACGGCGGGAGGGUUGUUGGGAGGGAGUGAGUGGAAUAGGCGAUUUGAUUGUAUCAUUUGAAUAAACUUAAAUUAUAUCGUUGCAAA